CAGCCAUGAUGGAGAAUCGACUGUAAAAUGUAAGUUGUCCUCUACAGGUUUUACUUCUGACAGUGGAGGAGAAUGAGGAUGGGGGUCUGACCAAAAGCCUGACCCUGAGGCAGUUCACACCUAGGAAACACUUUUAAACUAGCAAGAAAUGUGAUGUAAGUGAACCUCUUACUAAUUUGGAUCUUGGGGUAAUCUGCUUCUUUAAAUAUUCAAAUGGAUCCGCGGUUCAGUGCCCAGGAUGUCCUGCGCUGUGACUUGUGUGAGACUCCUGUUCCUCCAAUGUACUGUGACUUUUGUCAUGUUAAACUCUGUAAGGCCUGUGUAGGGGAGCAUCUCUUCGAUUUAUCCAAAGAACAUAAAAUUGUGCCAUUUAAGCAAAGUGAAUCUGCAUACAAUUACCCAAAAUGCGCCACACACAUAAAUAAGCCUUGUGAGCUUCACUGUAAGAAAUGUAACAUUCCUGUUUGUUCUUUUUGUGUAUCUGACAAACAUAACGGGCAUACAUUUCGAAACAUAUUGCAAGACUUCAAUGCCAAAAAGGAGGAGAUGAAGAAAGACCUUCAAGAACUGAAAAAGUAUUUACUACCUAAAUAUGAAGAAAUUGGAUCAGAGAUAGAUGUUGAAAAAUCGAAUCUAGACAGGGAGUAUGGGAAACUGAUAACAGCUGUCGUGAAAAAAGGAGAAGACUGGCACAGAGAAAUUAACAACAUUGUCAAAAAACUAAAAUCUGAAAUUGAUGAGAUGAAAUCUAGACAACUAGCUUUGUUACUAAAGCAGGAGAAUACAAUCAAACAUAAAUGUCUUGAAGUCAGGCAGAGUAUUCUUGAUCUGAAGAAAAUGCUGGACUUGAAUGAUGUCUCGCUAACCUCUGGUUACAAAUCUCAUAAUGAAGAAUUCAGAAAAUUGCCGUUCACAGUAAAAGUUUCAUUGCCGUGUUUCUCUCCUCAGGUGAUCAAAACAGAACAGCUUCGUCAAAUGUUUGGUUCUUUGUCGGUAUUACCCAUUUCAUCAAAAGAACAUGAUGAUACAUUGAAAAUGAUAAAAUCUUCACAGUCUUCGGUCUGUCCUGAAGUCAAACCAGAGCUUACUAUACAAACAAAGGCCCUCAUACCAACUGACUUUCUCAACCUAUACAGUGUUUCCUGUCUCAGUGAUGAAGAAAUUUGGACAUGUGGAGAUGACAAAAUCAUGAAACUAUACAACCUCCAGGGUAAACUACUGAAAUCAAUCCAAACCAAGUCUGGGAACAUACCAGGUGACAUAGCAGUGACAAGGAGUGGAGAUCUAGUCUAUACUGAUCCAAAAACAAAAACUGUAAACAUUGUAAAGAAUGGAGAGAUACGGGAAGUAAUCAGACUUCGAGGGUGGGAUUCAUGCAAUAUAUGCAGUACCUACUCUGGUGACCUCCUUGUUACCAUGAACAGUGAUGACAAAGAGCAUUCAAAAGUUGUCCGUUACUUCGGCUCCAUAGAGAAACAAUCCAUUCAAUUUGCCGAUAUUGGUCAACCCCUGUAUUCGUGUGGUCCCAACAAAUAUGUCAGUGAGAAUGGGAACCUGGAUAUCUGUGUGGCUGACUAUGGGGCAAGUGCAGUAGUGGUGGUUAAUCAGGCAGGAAAACUCCGAUUUAGAUACACUAGUUAUCCAAAAUGUUCUGGUACUUCAUUCUAUCCUCUAGGCAUUACAACAGACAGUCAGAAUCAGAUCCUGAUAUCAGACUGCCUUAACCACCAAAUCCACCUUAUAGAUCAAGAUGGACAAUUCCUCCGUUUCAUAUUUAAUGAGGAUCUCUAUAAUCCGUACGGUUUAUGCGUAGACACCAAAGAAAACAUUCUUGUAGCUGAUUGGAAAGGGAAAUCGGUAUUAAAAAUGAAAUACAAAUGAUUUUCGAAGGCUUCAACUUUGAACUAUGGAAUUUCCGUCAUAUUGUUACUCCUCAAAUGUACUAUUUUUAUCCAAAUUCAAUCUCGAUCUCUUUGAAUUUUCAAUCACAAGAAAGCCUGGAAGUACAGAAAUAAAAACACAGUCCUAUUAUGACCAUUUCUCUGGACCCCAAGACAACAAUUAAUUGUAACCUGCUCUUAAAAAACAAAUUGUUCUUAGAAAUAUUUUAGACAAAUGCGAAAUUAACUGUUAAUCACGAUAUUUGUAUUAUUGAUCCGUUAUAAACUUUACAUCAACUACGGUAAACAGUUCACAAUGAAGAUCAGCCCGAUUUCAUCAUUUAUGUCCUGAAUAUUUAAUCUUCAUCAUAUUCAUGUAUGUGUAAUUUUGUUUGUAGAUAUCCUGGAAAUAUCACAAAGUGUUCUAUGAUAAUAAAAUGUGCUUUAAAUUUCAUCCUAUAUAUGUUCAUUUCAUAAAUAUGUACAUACUGGAAUUUCCUCCACUAUAUCAGCUAGCCCUCUCGUAAUAUUUAAGGUUGCUAUGCAAUAUUAUUUAACACACAUUGUACAUACAUAUGUACCCAAAUUUAACUUGGCAUCAUCAAAACAAUUUACAAACAACAACUCAUCCUUUUAAUUGUAUUGGAAUUAGAAUCUGAUGCAAUAUCUUGUUUCCUUUGUGUGAAUUGCUGCAUGGAUGACACAAUCAGCUGAUAAUUAGGAUCUUUCGAGCUUCCGCUCCGGAAGACCCUUCUUUUAUCCUAUUGAUUCUUCAAUUAUAUUAAACAAAAUUUUUGUCAGUCGAUUUCCCAGAGAUUUUUUGAUCAAUUGUUAUGAAUUACUCAGGAAAUUUACCUUAUCUUAUGACCCAACAACUGUUUUUAGCUCAAUUGAGCUGAUAGCUCAAGUGAGUUUUUUUUUUCUGAUAACCUGUUGUCUGUAAAUUUUUCACAUUUUGAAUUUCUUCUCAACAACCACUGGAUCAAUUUUAACCAAACUAGGUACAACCCCCCCUUUAGUAAAGGGGAGUUUAAGUUGAUAAAAUGAAGUGCCAAGUCCCGUUACAAGGUGAGGUAAUCAAGAGAAGAUGAAAAUGAAAUUUCAAAAUAUUUCAACACUAUGCUAAUAUUAAUGAAGUAUUAUAUUUAUAAAGUUCGUUGUCAGAAUACCUGUCCAACUAUCCAAGGUUUUUUUUUAAUUUAUUUAAUUCCCAUUUUAA